CGUCAGCUCGCCGGCGUGCCCCGGAAGGAAAUGUUCACAUGUUUGUGGGUCACAUUAACAAUAUUGUCCUCAUGGAGAGACAUGUGCAGGUAAAUAUCUGUCUUAAACAGGCGACAGCUUUCAUCUCGUGCGUCUUUCGGUUGUUUCAAAUCCUAAAUAACAUUAGCUUAUUAGCCAAACUGACCAGCCCUGUGUUUUGAAAGAAAGAUAUCAAGUUGAGGUUAACGUUAUCCAGCUCAGUCAAUAUCUCGAGUUUAAUUUGUAGAGAUGAAGGGAAAAUGGAAGCAGAACAGCAAAAAGAAGAAGGGAAAUGCAGUUUUACAGAAAUACAUGGUGGCAGUGGAUGAAUUUGUUAAAAGCAAAAGUGGCGAAGAAGAAGCAGAGCAUAACCAUGGAUUGAGAAUUGUAAAACAGAAAAGGAGAAAGGAGAUACGCAAAGAAAAGCGAAAAAUGAAAAAAGCCAAAAUGAAAAGUCAUUAUGAGGGUAACAAGACCCUAAGUUUACCACCAGGUGAUGGUGAAAACUCAGGAAUACCAGCUGAGAAACAGCCACAGGUACAGCAGAAGAAGAAAAUGGAAAAAGCAAAGAAAGAAGUGUCAAACACACAUUCAAACCAAUCUGCCAGUGCUACUAACGAAAAAUCAGUUAACUCCAAAAUGUCGUCAUCAUCAAAGAAAGGUAAGAAAAUUAAUAAGCUUCAAGAAUCAAGAAAAAUGGCACUUAUGGAAGCAAAUGAACAAGAGGAUAGAGAAAUAAAGAAGCUAGAGCGCUGCCUGAGAUUAAACAAAAGGAAAAACAAAAAAAGUCUCCCACAAUCCUUUGUGGCUGAUGGACUUGAUUACAUCCUUUGCAUGCUUGACUCUGGCUCAUCAGCAGUAGGUAUGUAUGAUGAUGAUGACAACAUGGACAUGGCCAAAGAGAACUUUGAAAAGCUUGAUGAGAAUGGCUCUCAGUUGUCAGAUGAGGAUGAGGGAACUGGAGAUGAGAUGGCAGGUGAAGGCAGUGAUGAAGAUAUGGCUUCAUUUGAUGAUGAAAAUGAGGAAGAGGAUGAUGAUGACAUGGUUGAUGAGGAGGAAACGGAGGAGGAGGAAAUGGAGGAUGACCAAGAUGACAUGGAUGAGAGUGAUGAAAAUGAAGGGGAAACAGGGGAAGAAGCAGACACUUCUGACACGAAGACAUCAGAAUCCAAGUCAAAAACUGUCUCCUUUACAGCUGGUAAGUAUGUGCCGCCUCACUUGCGUAACACCGGAGAUGACAAACGCAAAGCUGAGCUCGAAAAACUGAAGAGGAAUGUGAAAGGACUGGUGAACAGGCUGAGUGAGCCCAACAUGGCAUCUAUUAGUGUUCAGCUAGAGGAGCUGUACAUGAGCUGCAGCAGGAAGGACAUGAACGACACCCUGACAGAGGUGCUACUAGCAGCCUGCGUCACCCCGACCCUGAUGCCUGACAGACUACUGAUGGAGCACGUCCUGCUCGUCAGCGUCCUCCAUCACGCAGUCGGGUUGGAGGUGGGGGCCCAUUUUCUAGAGACAGUGGUGCGAAAGUUUGACGAGCUUUACAAGAACCCGAGCGAGGGCAAAGAGUGCGACAACCUGGUGGCCAUUGUUGCUCACCUCUACAACUUCCAAGUGGUGCAUUCCCUCCUCAUCUUCGACAUCCUGAAACUUUUAGUGGGAGCGUUUAAAGAGAAAGACAUUGAAUUAGUUCUGUUUGUGCUGAGAAAUGUCGGCUUUGCCCUGAGGAAGGACGACGCUUUGGCUUUGAAGGAGCUCAUCUCUGAAGCCCAACGCAAGGCCAGUAAUUUGGGGUCAAAGUUUCAGGAUCACACCAGGGUGCGUUUCAUGUUGGAAACCAUGCUGGCUUUGAAGAACAAUGAUAUGCGGAAAAUCCCAGGCUAUGACCCUGAGCCUGUGGAGAGACUGAGGAAGUUGCAGAGGACUCUGAUCCACCGCAGUGCAGGAGGCAGUGACUUGAAACUGAGGGUCUCUCUGGACAAUCUCCUGGCCGCAGAGCAAGUCGGCCGCUGGUGGAUCGUCGGCUCCUCGUGGAGUGGAGCGCCCAUGAUCGGCGAACCAGGGAACACAACCACAAAACAGAGUACUGCUGAAGGACAGUUUAGUGCCAAAGUCUUAGAGCUGGCUAAGAAACAGCGGAUGAACACUGAUGUAAGAAGAAAUAUCUUCUGUGUCCUAAUGACCAGCGAAGAUUACCUGGAUGCAUUUGAGAAACUGCUGAGAAUGGGACUGAAGGAUAAGCAGGAGAGAGAGAUUGUACAUGUGCUGAUGGACUGCUGUCUGCAGGAGAAAACCUUUAAUGCCUUCUACGCUGUACUGGGAGAAAAAUUCUGCACCCACGAUCGACGCUUCCAGAUGACUUUCCAGUUCAGCCUAUGGGACAAGUUCAGGGAGCUGUCCAACCUUCCCUGCAGCACCUUUAACAAUCUUGUCCAGCUGGUGACCUGCUUCCUUCAGAGAAAGUGCCUCUCACUCUCCAUACUUAAAGUAAUAGAGUUUGGGGAACUAGAUAAGCCCACAGUGCGCUUCUUGCGUCAGGUGCUGACUAAACUACUAAAAGAAGCUGAGCCAGAGGACCUAGCCAGCAUAUUUGGAAGGAUUUCAGGAAUUCCCAAGCUAGGAAUGCUGCGCGAGGGCUUGAAGCUUUUCAUCAGCCACUUCCUACUGAAGAAUGCCCAGUCACAGGGACCAGCUGCGCAAGCAGCGAUGCUGUCGGAGCGCGCCCAGGUCGCCACCAAAGCCCUGGAGGCCAAAGAGGCUAAGCUCAAACUGUAAAAUGCACAACAGACGUACUUUCAAACAGAACUGUGCAACAGAAGGCUUGUUGGAGUGAAAUACCUAGAGAAAGAAAAGACACCUACAGUCUAAAGAAGAAAAAAAAAUAGGAUUUUGAUAUUAAAUCGAUGUUUUUGCUUUAGUCCAUGUACAUAAUUUUUUCAGUGAAGAUUUUCAAGUAUGGUGGAUCAAACACACACCAAUCUUAGCACUGUGUGUAUUUUAAUACGAUGCGUAUUUGUUACGUUUUAAUAUUGUGUAUUAAACUACAACAGAUUGAGGUUAUGAUAAUUUAGUUUAAUGAUAAUUUGAAAGCAACACAUUGGAUGAUUUAUAUAUUUCAACUCCCAGAUACUUUGUCCAUGAUGGUGCUUGUAUAUUUGUUAAUAAAAAGGGCGAAUGUCAAAACCAUUGUACCUUACCCGAAGCCUCAAUAAAUCACAGACGUUUUACCUAAA